AUGCUGUCCUUUGAGCGUCGUGAAGCGGCGACAGCCCACAAUGCGUCAUCGCCGAGGAGUCCUCCUGGGUACGAGCUCCCAAAAUGGCUCCGCCCGAGAUCCAAGGCCCGCCAAUCGCCAGCCCAGAACGGCCCCCACGGCGCAACCACGUCGGGACUGUUGUCUCUGCCCGUGGAACUUCAGUUCAUGAUCACCUCGCAUCUGGAUCUGGCUGAGACGGUUGCGUUGCGCCGGGUUUGUCGCCUUUACCGUCACGUGAUCACAGCCGACAUCGUCCAGGCACAGUUCUCCAGGUAUGGCCAGUACGAUGCCAUCCUGCAGGGCUGUUGUAGCGAGUGUCUGACGACCCCGGGGCUGGACCGUCUGAUUCUGGACGUCACUCGCGAACACGACGCCUGGCGGUCCAUCUGCUUCCGAUGCUGGCGCACCCAGCUGACCCCGGACUAUCAGCGCAAGCAUGGUCCGUUGCUGGAGCUCGCGAACGGGGAGUAUGGGUACAUUUGUCACUUCUGCGCGUGGCCCGUGUGUGGCGGCGACGGCCAGGAGGGUUCGCAAGAGCUGCUUCACGCGCCCUGCAGGGUGAAGCGUUACCUGGCGACCAUUACGUGGUUUGUGAUGGCCAUCCUCCAAGUUGGGCUCGGAGUCUUGGCACUUGUUCUUGCUGUCACGCAGUACAGGAAGGUACCGACGGUCCUUAUUCCUACUUGCAUUGAUUUCGGCCUGUCGAUUGUGGCCUUGGCGCUGUUCAUCAUACGCACGUGUGCCCAUGAUGAGCAGAAAUACACAUAUGCUCUGGCGGCUGAGCUCAUGAUGACGGUGGUCCGGAUACCCCCUGUCUGCUACACUGCACGGGAAACGGUGAAUACACCAAACGUGACCUUCAUGUCCAAGUUUGCACUGGGCAUUUUUCUGCUGAAUCUGGUAUUUCGCUUCGUGGACACUGUUGGGUAUACGCUUCUGUACUUUGGCUAUGACCCCCGCAGCAUGUUCAUUGCAGGCUUAUCGCUGCGCAAGAAAAUGGUCUACAUGCUGUGCACCUUUGUUGUGUGGUGUGCAUUCAUCCCGAAUUGA